GCCCCAGUGCGCAGCCUCAGUGCCUGCAGGCACGCUAUAGGCCGUCUAGCCUAGAUUCUGGCUGUGUCGGCGCUUUGCAGUGUUCCCUCCAGGAGGCAGAGACUGUUACAAGAACCAAGGAGAGUGACAGUACCUGAAACUUUCGGCUAUUAUACCAAAUCAGAGAAUCCAUCUCCUCCAAUAUGGCAGGUAAGAAAGUGCUCAUCAUCUAUGCACACCAAGAACCCAAGUCCUUCAGUGGGUCCCUGAAGAAAGUAGCUAUUGAAGAACUGAGCAAGCAGGGGUGCACCGUCACUGUGUCUGAUUUAUAUACCAUGAACUUUGAGCCAAGGGCCACAAAAAAUGAUAUCACUGGUGAGCUCUCUAAUCCUGAAGUCUUCAGAUACGGGAUAGAAACCUAUGAAGCCUACAAGAAGAAAGCUCUGACCAGUGACAUACUUGAGGAGCAGAGAAAGGUGCAAGAGGCUGAUCUAGUGAUAUUUCAGUUUCCACUGUACUGGUUCAGCGUUCCAGCGAUCCUAAAAGGCUGGAUGGACAGGGUGCUGUGCCAAGGGUUCGCCUUCGACAUCCCAGGCUUUUAUGACUCUGGAUUUCUCAAGGGUAAAUUAGCCCUCCUUUCCAUAACCACGGGAGGUACAGCAGAGAUGUACACAAAAGCUGGGGCCAGUGGAGAUUUCCGGUACUUCCUGUGGCCACUUCAGCAUGGUACACUGCACUUCUGUGGAUUUAAAGUCCUUGCCCCACAGAUCAGUUUUGGUAUUGAUGUUUCAUCAGAAGAAGAAAGAAAAGUGAUGCUGGCAUCAUGGACCCAGCGGCUGAAGAGCAUCUGGAAGGAAGAGCCCAUCCACUGCACACCCCCUUGGUACUUCCAAGAGUAACAUUUUGUACUCUGAGUACAGCUGACAAGCAACACAGUGAGAAACUUAAAGCAUGUGCAAAGAAAAUGUGGUGUUGCAUCCUGAGAUAUAUUUAGCAGUGUCCACCAUUGAGUUUCUUCAGUUUCAUAUAACUAGACCAGAUGUUUCAAAAAUCA